AUGCUGUUCAGGCUAACCAGAAUGCUAGCAUUUCCCAUGAAUGAAGUGUGCCACUCACUUUGGAUUGCAUGUGUUUUCACUUCUGUGCUGGUUCAGCAAGGAUCAGAAGGUUUCCAAUGUGACAAUGGAAUAUCUGUGCCUCCUGACAAUGUGUGUGACUUCAUGGACCAAUGUGGGGACAGCAGCGAUGAACAGCAAUGUUUGAAUUAUGAAAGAUGUGAUUUUGAGGAUGGGCUGUGUACUAUGACACAGAAUCAGAGUCUGCUACUUGGAUGGACAAAGAGAAAUGGAAUAUCUACUACAUCUCCUCCAUUUUAUGAUCACAAUGGUGAUAUGUAUGCCCAUUUCCUCUCAUUGGUCUCCAAAUUGGAUUCUACUUCCUCAAACUUAAGAAGCAGAAUUUUUCUUCCAACACAAAACCAAAAUGCUUGUCAGAUUAGAUUUUAUUACUUCGUUAGCCAAGUGAGUGGACAAUUAAUAGUUGGCCUUCAAACUGCCUCUGAUAGUUCUAUUCAGCCUUUGUGGCAAAAUACAGCUGGGCUCAAAGAUGAGUGGGAGAGAAAGGUUAUCAAAAUCCACAGCUCACAGAAAUUUCAGGUUGUUAUUCAGGGUCAAAUGAUUACAGGUCAUGAAGAGCAUGAAGUCAUAGCUAUUGAUGAUGUAUCUUUCAGUUCAGGCUGUCUUCCGGCAAACGAUGAAAAUUUACCAUGUCAAAAAGCAUCAAAUACCAAUCAGGAGUUAUACCCACCAAAUGCAAAUCUUUGCCAAUUUAACUCUACAGAUCAAAGAUUAAGGUUGUGUCAGGCUUGUGGAUUUGAAUUUGGCAUGUGUGACUGGAUAUCAGAUGUAUCUGAAGGACUAAUUUCCUGGACUCUUACAAAAGCAAGAGAAGUUCCUAUAUUAGAAUCUAUACCUCAUCAGGAUCAAAGUGGUGAUGAUGAAGGUUAUUAUGUCUGGAUAGGAGCUCAGCAAGCUUUUCCUCAUUUAGACAGCAGGGCUUAUCUGAAUAGUUCUAUGUGUCACUGCUCAGGCAGUGGCUGUCGUCUUCAAUUCUAUUACUCUAUGGAAAAGAGUGUUCUGAGAGUAGGAGUGUAUCAUCAUAAGGGACAAGAAAUGUUUUGGACCUACAACACAUCAACGCACAGCAAAUGGGUCAAAGCAGAUGUGUUAAUACCAGAAGAUAUAAAGACAUUUAAGAUUAUUUUUGAAGGAACUCUUUUGAACCAAAGAGGUUUUAUUGCUCUUGAUAGCCUCUGGGUCUAUGCCUGUGCACAGACGCACUCCGGAAAGCUUUGCUCUGCGGAUGAAUUCAUCUGUGCUAAUGGACAAUGUGUUGCUGAAGAAUUAGUCUGUGAAGCUCGGCAGGACAGCUGUGAUGGGGGUGAUGAAGCCCCAUCAACUUGCUCAAAUUGCAUCAUGUGUGACUUCGAGACUGGUUUCUGUGGCUGGAAGCAAUUAUUCACAGAAGAGUCAUCCUGGGUAGUAGUGAAAGGAUUGAUGGGUGGAGAACACCAUCUUCCCACUGCCGACCACACAACAAACACCAGCCAGGGGUCUUUUAUUUAUUUUGGGACACAUCGACCUCCUGGGGUGGCUAAGCUUGGAAGUCCUGUCCUUACAAAAUCACUCAUGGCCUCUUCCCCAUGCCAGGUGCAAUUUUGGUAUCAUUUAUCUCAACAUUCACGUCUCUCAGUUUUUACAAGAACAUCACUGGAUGGAAUGUUGGAAAAGCAAGGUGAUCUAGUUGGUUCCACUGAAUCUCACUGGAUCCAAGCCAGAAUCGAUCUCUCUCUAAAGACUGGGGAAUCUACUCUGCCUUUUCAGUUAAUUUUAGAAGCUACUGUUUUAUCAUCAAAUGCUACAGUUGCCCUAGAUGACAUCAGUAUAUCCCAGGAAUGUGAAAUUUCAUAUAAGUCAAUUCCUGAUACCAGCAUACAAAAUAAAGUCUCCAAAUGUGAUUUUGAAGAAAAUAGCUGUGGUUGGUUUGAAGCCAUUGGUGGUGACCAUUUUGACUGGACAUGGAGCUCCAGAAAUGACCUUUCUGCUGAUUUUGAACAACAGGCUCCACCUGGAGAUCACACUCACAGCACAGCCCAAGGGCAUUUUAUGUUCAUUCUGAAGAAAAGCAGCAGUUUCUCCCAAAUUGCUAAACUCCAGAGCCCAACUUUCAGCCAGACAGGACCUGAAUGUACACUCUCUUUCUGGUUUUAUAACUAUGGCUUGUCGGUGGGAGCAGCUGAACUGCAACUGCACGUGGGAAAAUCCGGAGACUCCACAGUCCUCUGGAGAGUCUUAUACAAUCAGGGCAACCAAUGGUCAGAAGCCAUCAUUCAGCUUGGGCGCCUGACUCAACCUUUCCAUUUGUCGCUAGAUAAAGUGAGUCUUGGCAUUUAUGAUGGAGUCUCUGCUAUUGAUGACAUCAGGUUUGAGAAUUGUUCUCUUCCUCUUCCUGCUGAGAGCUGUGAAGGAUCAGAUCGUUUCUGGUGCAGACACACCAAGGCUUGUGUAGAAAAACUUCGAUUAUGUGAUCUGGUGGAUGACUGUGGUGAUAAUACUGAUGAAGCCGACUGUGCACCAGAACUACAGUGUAACUUUGAAACUGGAAUUUGUAACUGGGAACAAGAUACAGACGAUGACUUUGAUUGGAUCAGGAACCAGGGUCCCACUUCAACACUUAAUACGGGGCCAAUGAAGGAUAAUACUGUGGGCACAGCUAAAGGACACUAUCUCUACAUCGAAUCCUCAGAGCCACAAGUGUUCCAAAACAGGGCUGCCUUACUCAGUCCGGUCCUUAAUGUCACUGCUACAAGCAUCUGUACUUUCCGCUUCCAUUACCACAUGUUCGGGAAGCACAUUUAUAGACUGGCCAUCUACCAGCGAGUCUGGAGUAACACAAGGGGCCAGCUGCUAUGGCAGAUAUUUGGGAAUCAAGGCAACAGAUGGAUAAGGAAGCAUCUCACCAUUUCCAGCAUACAGCCUUUCCAGAUUUUGGUGGAGGCUUCAGUGGGAGAUGGCUUCACUGGAGACAUUGCAAUUGAUGAUCUGUCAUUUCUAGACUGUACCCUCUACUCUGGUAACUUGCCGGUGGACCUUCCAGCACCACCAGAAACUUCCAUUCCGGUAACACUACCUCCUCACAACUGCACAGAUCAGGAAUUUGUCUGCAGGUCCAAUGGUCACUGUAUUGACAAAAUUCGGAAAUGUGAUUUUAGAUAUGACUGCCCUGACAAAUCAGAUGAAUCAUCCUGUGUUAGUGAAGUUUGCAGCUUUGAAAAUGAAAGCCUUUGUAAAUGGUAUCAACCAAUCCCAGUAAAUUUAUUUCAAGAUUUGAACAUAUUUAGUUGGGGUCUUGGUAAUGGAAGAAAUAUUCAUCAUGGAGAAGAAAACCACAGGCCAUUCAUGGACCAUACAAAAAAUAACACGGAUGGCUGGUACCUGUAUGCUGAUAGUUCGAAUGGAAAAUUUGGUGACGUGGCUGAUAUUUUUACUCCUGUUAUUUCAAUUACGGGACCAAAAUGUACUUUGGUUUUCUGGGCUCACAUGAAUGGUGACACAGUUGGUUCUCUCCAGGUUCUGAGUAAGAAAGGCAACGUUACUUCUAAAUUGUGGGCCCAAACUGGACAGCAAGGUGCACAGUGGAAAAAAGUCGAAGUGUUUCUGGGCAUUCAUUCAUAUACCCAGAUUGUCUUCAGGGCAAAACGUGGCAUUAGUUACAUUGGAGAUGUGGCACUGGAUGAUAUUUCCUUUCAAGAUUGUUCACCCUUACUUAGCCCAGACAGGAAAUGCACUGCUCAAGAAUUUAUGUGCGCGAACCAGCACUGCAUUCCAAAGGACAAGCUGUGCGAUUUUGUGAAUGACUGUGCUGAUAAUUCAGAUGAAACUACUUUCAUUUGCAGUGCCUCUCCUGGACGCUGUGAUUUUGAAUUUGAUCUUUGCUCCUGGGAGCAGGAUCAGGACGAUGACUUUGACUGGAAUCUGAAAGCUAGUAGCAUUUCCACGGCAGGCACAGAGCCAGCCGCUGAUCACACCUUACGAAAUUCAUCUGGUCAUUACAUCUUUAUAAAGAGCUUGUUCCCGCAGCAGCCCAUGAGAGAAGCAAGAAUUUCAAGUCCAGUCAUAAGUAAGAGAAGCAAAGACUGCAAGAUCAUUUUUCACUAUCACAUGUAUGGAAAUGGCAUUGGAGCACUCACCUUGAUCCAAGUAUCAGUCUCAAAUCAAACGAAGGUUUUAGUUAACCUGACUGGAGAACAAGGCAAUUUUUGGCAGAGGAAAGAGCUACCGCUGUUUGGUGAUGAAGACUUCCAACUCAAAUUUGAAGGUCGAGUUGGAAAAGGUCACCAUGGUGAUAUUGCUCUUGAUGACAUUGUGCUCACAAGGAAUUGUCUACCAACCCAUUCCAUUAAAGAAGAACCAGCGGUGCCUCUUCCAACAGGUUACUGCCCGCAUGGUUAUCGGGAAUGUCAGAAUGGCAAAUGUUACAUGCUGGAGCAAAGCUGUGAUUUUGUGGAUGACUGUGGCGAUAGUACUGAUGAAAAUGAAUGUGGCAGUUCCUGCACUUUUGAGAACGGCUGGUGUGGCUGGAAAAACUCCUUGGCUGAAAACUUUGAUUGGGUUCUAGGGGUUGGCGCUCAUCAAAGCCUAAGACCUCCCAAAGACCACACACUUGAAAAUGAAAAUGGGCACUUCUUGUAUCUGGAGGCUACACCUGUGGGCCUUCGGGGGGAGAAAGCACACCUGAAGAGUGCCAUGUGGCAGGAAUCCAGCACUGCCUGCACCCUGAGCUUCUGGUAUUUCAUAUCUGCAAAAGCCACAGGGUCCAUCCAGAUUCUCAUUAAGACAGAGAAAGGACUAUCAAAAAUAUGGGAAGGAAGUGAUCAGAACUCCAUAGAUCAUUGGCAAAAGGCUGUAAUCCUGCUAGGAAAGUUAAGGAAUUUUGAAGUCAUAUUUCAAGGAAUCAGAACAAGAGAUCUGGGAGGAGGAGCUGCUAUUGAUGACAUUGAAUUUGAAAACUGCAUGACUGUGGGAGAGACGUCUGAGAUUUGCCCAGAAGCCACGGAUGUUCUGUGUGAUGACAAGAAGUGUAUUGCGUCCCACCUUGUUUGUGACUAUAAGCCAGACUGCUCAGACAGAUCUGAUGAAGCUCACUGCAGCCCAUAUACAAGUAUUGCAGGAGGCUGUAAUUUUGAAACUGUAGGACACUGGACCACUGUUUGCAGUCUUACUCAAGACUCCCAGGAUGACUUGGACUGGGCCAUUGGCAAGACAAUUCCUGCUGAAGGACUGAGUCCAGAUUCUGAUCACACGCCAGGUAAUGGGCAACACUUCCUAUAUGUCAACUCCUCUGGCCCCAAAGAAUACACUGCAAGGAUCACUACUUCAAAAUACUUCCCAGCGAGCCUUGGAAUGUGCACUGUCCGGUUCUGGUUCUACAUGGUCGAUCCCAACAAUAUGGGAGUAUUAAAGGUGUACAUCAUUGGAGAAUCUGGGCUCAACAUUCUGGUGUGGUCAGUGAUUGGAAAUAAGAGAACUGGAUGGUUAUAUGGAUACAUACCUCUCUCCAGCAACAGCCCAUUUAAGGUAGCAUUUGAAGCUGAUUUGGGAGGAGGUGAAAACAUUUUUAUUGCCCUUGAUGACAUCUCUUUCACCCCAGAGUGUGAAUAUGGAGGCCCUGUCACACCACAGCCAUCAACUUGUGAAGCUGAUCAAUUUUCUUGUGUCUACACGCACCAAUGUGCCCCUCUCUUGGGGAGGUGUAAUGGACAGGAAGAUUGCAUAGAUGGAUCUGAUGAAAUGGAUUGCUCUCUCAGUCCUCCUCCUCAACUGUGCAGUAAAAUGGAGUUCCAGUGCUCUGCAAAUAAGUGUAUCCCAUCCCUCCUGCUAUGUGAUGGAGUGCCUGACUGUCACUUUAAUGAAGAUGAAUCCAACUGCUCCAAUAAGAGCUGUUCUAAUGGAGCAUUGACAUGCAACUCCUCUAACAGCUGUAUUCCAACUCAUCAACGUUGUGAUGGUUUUGUCAAUUGCCUUGAUUUCCAACUUGAUGAGUCCAGCUGCUCAGAGUGCCCGAUAAAUUAUUGCAAAAAUGAUGGAACUUGUGUAGUGGAGAAAAAUGGUCCUAUGUGUCGUUGUGGACAAGAAUGGAAAGGAAAUCGUUGCCACAUCAAGGUUGACUCUCCUCCUCCUGCAAACUUCACAUACAUGCAAAAUAAUAUAUGGAGUUUCCUGGGUAUCGGACUGGCUUUCCUGAUGACUCAUAUUAUAGUUGCUGUCUUGUGUUUCCUUGGGAAUAGAAAACUACCCAGAAGGAAAACUGAAGGAAGAGAUAACUGUGCAUUUAUCAAUCCAGUUUAUGGGAAUUGGAACAACCCAGAGAAAACAGAGAGCUCUGUAUACUCCUUCUCAAAUCCAUUGUAUGGUACAACACCAGGAAGCCUGGAGUAUACAUCUAAUCAUCUUAAAUUGUAG